GGCCGUGGAGGACUGAACAAGCAUGGCUGGAAACAUCAGUAACUCAGCGGCCCCGAUAUCUAGUUCUCUGUCUAAACUGCAGUCUUUAAAUGGGUUGUUUGCGAUAUAUAAAAAACAAGGGCCGACAUCUGCAGACGUGUUGAAUGCACUCAAAGAAGCUUUACUCAGGGAAGCUGGAGUAGAAAACCCAAACCCGCGAAAGAGAAGGAAGCAGAGCCUAAAGAUGGGGCACGGAGGGACCCUGGACAGUGCUGCCAGUGGGGUGUUAGUUGUUGGUGUUGGGAAUGGCACAAAAAUGCUCACUACCAUGUUAACUGGUUCAAAGAAAUACGUUGCUGUGGGGGAGCUGGGUAAAGCAACAGACACUCUUGAUGCUACAGGCAGUGUGAUUCUGGAGAAAGACUUCAAGCACAUAACCAGGUUGGACAUUGAGGAGAAACUGAAAUCUUUUACCGGUGACAUCAUGCAAGUUCCUCCACUCUACUCUGCUCUGAAGAAGGACGGCCAGCGUCUGUCUGUCCUGCUGAAGCAAGGUCACAGUGUUGAGGCCAAGCCCGCCAGACCGGUCACUGUGUACAACCUGACCCUGCAGGAGUUCAAACCUCCUCUCUUCACUCUGGAUAUAGAGUGUGGUGGUGGAUUCUAUGUCAGGAGCUUGGUGGAUGACCUGGGAAAAGCUCUGUCGUCAUGUGCUCAUGUGAAGGACCUGAUCCGGACCAAGCAGGGCCAGUUCACGCUGGAGGAGCACACCUUACAUGAGGAGCAGUGGACACUGGGAGAUAUCUUGCGCUCUCUGCAGAACUGCUCAGAGUCAGAGCAGCGUGUGGACUGUACAACAGCAGCAGAGGCGGACAGCUAAGGAGCACACUCUGAACAGGACCCGGCCUGAAUGUUAGCAGCUGGACUUCCUGUCCGUUUGUGCUGCUUAUCAAUGAAGAGAACAUCAGGUCUCGAUGUGUCUGUUUCUCUCAGAUAUUUCAAGGUGUGUUUAUGAAUUGUGACAAAUUAAGACAAUUGUCAAAACCUCUUUUUUGGGACUCACUGGUCCAGUGUUGUUAUUCUACACUGGAUUCGUGAUUUCAAGUCCACAUUUUUGUUUCUGUCUCGUCUCUGUCUCAUCUACAAUUUUAGUUUAAUUCCAUUUGUAAAUAAUUGUAUUUUAAGUUUGCACCCCCAACUCCAGCCUCUGUCUUCAUUCACUCAUAGCCCUCUUAUAGAGCUGGGUGAUAGACACAAAUAAAGAAUAUAUUACUUACUUUAAGGGUCAGGUUGCGUUAGGGAAGAGUGUUUGGCAAUGCACACUGCAUUUUUAAAUCUUUGAGACUUCAAAGUCUAACAUGAAACAGACUGACACUGUAUAUAAAACCAAAAUUGGAAAAAAAAUUAGUACUGAGGGUUUAUUCGAAUUCCGAAAAGAUUUCAAGUAUGUCUUUAUUUUUGUCUCAUUACUGUAUUAAAAUAGAUUUUCUGUUUGCCACAAUUGUGAGGAACUUUUUAGAUCAGCAGAAAUAUUGAGGUAGCGUAUUAUAAUAUUGACUGAUGUGGAAAAGAGCUGUAUGGUCUUGGUUAAGCUGUUAUCUUCAUUUAGAGGGUCCAACAGGGUAGAUAAGAUAUAUGAAUCAGUCAACGUGGUGAUGUAUUGGUGGAAACGCCCUGCUGGCUGGUCUAAAAACUCUUCCAAAAAAUAUCAUACUUGAAAUGAAUCUGUUCUUCCAAUACAGUGGGUUUUUUUUUUUUUUUUUUAGGUUUCCUUCAGUCAUAUCAUCAAGUGUUGCUGCAUCAGCACUGUUGUACAUACAGCAAGUCUAAUUUCAUUUGUUCUGCAUUCGCAGAUUAAAUAAAUAUUGGAGUGAAAAUAACAUUUCUUCGUUGUUAAAUACUUAGAUUUUAUUUCUCACUGAUGGUUUCACUGAAUGUCUUGUUUCAUACUUGUUCUUUUUUUGGUACUUGAAAAACUGAAAUACAUACUUUGGUUUCUGAGUGGACUAACGGUGUACCUGCCAAGUGAAGUGGUGUAAUUAGGUAUCUAUAGUCCAUAUUUAAUGUGAUAAUGGUGCUGCAGUAUGGGAGAGACAGACAGAGUGGUCAGCUGGUAGACAGUAUGUAUGGAAAA